AUGGCUUCUUACACCAUUCGUGGUCGUCGAGACAGAGGAGUUGCUCCGAAAUCGGCGUGGGCAAUGCUUCGUCAACAACAACAACAACAACAACAACAAUCAUCGUCGUCGUCGUCAUCCACUCGAUUGCCCUUGCAUUUGGCCAAUCAUCCUUCUUUUCCUCUCCAUUUGGGCGUCAAUGCCUUGGCGGGACCUGCUGGAUCUGGCAAGACGCAGCUUUGUCUCUCGCUCGUGGCCGAUUGUGUACUGUGGCGGAAGCAAAAGGCCGUCUUUGUGUCGUUGGGCAAGGAUACGACGGUCCGGAUUUCCCAACGACUCCAUUCCAUGCUCAAACAUCGGACAUUCAAAGAGAACAGGGUGACACCAGAUUUGAACAAUAGCGAUAUGGACAAAUUCAUCAAACAAGAAUACCUGACCAAAAUCUUUGUCAAUUGGGUGCGGAAUCAAGAUGAUUUGUUUCACAUGCUUUGUUAUGGUUUGCCCAAACUGUUAAAGGAACAACAGGAUGGUAUUCAUGAUGCUUCUUCUAAUUCUUCUUCGAGAAUAUCGCUAGUGGUCUUGGAUGGGAUUGCUACCUUGUUUCGACAAAAGGAGAAAGGUCAAUCUUGGGUGGAUCGAUCGGCUCAUUUUUUUCAAAUUGCCAGCAUCUGUCAACGCUUGUCCCAUGAGCACCAGGUGCCGUUUGUGUUUACCAAUGAAGCGACUUGCAAACUGAGUAAUAGUGACAGUAGUAUUGGGGGGCUCCUAGCCUCCUCCCAAUUGGAACCCGCACUGGGUCUGUCCUGGGCACAAUGCAUCAAUUCUAGCUAUUUUGUACAAAAGCAACAAGGCUACGACCACCACCAAUCUUCCAACAACAACAGCUACAACAAUAGUAACAACAACAACAACAACAACAACAAAGAUAACAACAAGCGGGUUCUGAAAUGUAUAAAGUCGCCGCACAUGGAUACGAAUGUCAAAGCAGAAUUUGCCAUUGAGCAGCGUGGAAUCGUCAGAAUCAUUCAAUCAUAA